CUUUUGUUGGACAGCUGUCGCAACGCGCUCUUUUUUGCUCAGAAAUCGCGUAAAAACGAAUUUAAUAGUAAAUUUAAACAAAAAGUUGAGCAUUGAAGCCUGAUAAAUUCAAUUAAAACAAAAUGCUGCGCAGAAUUAUUCUAAACCAAAGUUUGGGCAAUAAAAAUCCAGCGUUCAAGCUCAUUGCCUGUUACGCGACAUCGGGUAAACCGCGACAAGGGAAAAUCUACGAAUCGGCUAGCGACGCUGUGGCGGAUGUUAAGGAUGGUUCCAAAAUCCUUUUUGGCGGCUUUGGCAUUUGCGGUAUUCCCGAGAAAAUGAUUGAUGCACUGAAACAGAAGGGUGUCAAGAAUAUCACAGCAGUGUCCAAUAAUGGAGGCGUAGACGAUUGCGGUCUGGGCGUGCUGAUAAGACAGAAGCAGGUGGCCAAGGUUAUUGGUUCCUAUGUUGGUGAGAACACUGAGUUAGUGCGUCAGUAUCUGGAGGGAGAGUUGGCCAUCGAGCUGACCCCUCAGGGCACCUUGGCCGAGAAGAUUCGCGCUGGAGGCGCUGGAAUUCCCGCCUUUUUCACGCCCACCGGCUAUGCGACAUUGGUGCAGGAAGGCGGAGCACCCAUCAAAUACUCCAAGGAUGGCAAAGUACUCAUUGAGAGUGAGAAGAAACCAGUGCAAUCCUUCAAUGGACGCAACUAUGUCAUGGAGGAGUCCAUUUUCGGUGACUUUGCCUUUGUGAAAGCCCAAAAGGCGGAUGCCUUGGGAAAUCUGGUGUUUAACAAAUCCGCCCGCAACUUUAAUGCUCCCAUGUGCCGUGCCGCCAAAGUGACCGUCGCCGAGGUGGAGGAAAUUGUGCCCGUGGGUUCCCUGCAACCCGAUGAGAUCCAUGUGCCCGGCAUUUAUGUGAAGCGCAUCUUCAAGGGCAGCGACUACAGGAAGCGUGUGGAGCGACUGCGCAUCACGGAGCCAAAGGAAGAAGGAGCACCUGCUGCCAAUUCUAAUCCUGGCCAGCUUCUGCGCGAACGCAUCGCUCGUCGUGUGGCACUGGAGUUCAACGAUGGCAUGUACGCCAAUCUGGGCAUUGGCAUUCCCGUGCUGGCCUCCAACUACAUUCCCGAUGGCAUGAAUGUCAUGUUGCAGUCGGAGAAUGGCAUCUUGGGUCUGGGACCGUUUCCCACAAAGGAUAAGGUCGAUCCCGAUCUGAUCAAUGCCGGCAAGGAGAGUGUUACUGUUAUUCCAGGUGCUGCCUAUUUUGGAUCUGACGACAGCUUUGCCAUGAUUCGUGGCGGACACGUUGAUCUAACCAUUCUGGGCGCCAUGGAGGUGUCUGCCACCGGAGAUUUGGCCAACUGGAUGAUACCCGGUAAGCUUGUAAAGGGCAUGGGCGGUGCCAUGGAUUUGGUGGCUGCUCCCGGGACAAAGGUCAUCAUUACCAUGGAGCACAAUGCACGCGAUGGUUCGCCAAAGAUUCUGGAGAGCUGUUCAUUGCCUUUGACUGGCAAGGAAGUGAUCGAUUUAAUUAUCUCGGAGAAAGCUGUAUUCCAAGUGGAAAAGGGCGUUGGCUUAACUUUAAUAGAGGUUGCCGAGGGUUACACUGUGGAUGACAUUAUUGCCUGCACAGGAGCCAAAUUCAAUGUGUCUCCAAAUGUCAUUAAAAUGAGACAAAUCUAAAUUGCAAGGGACUUGAUUUCCUUAAGGAACUGUGUGCAAUUAGAAGGCUAUUCAAUAAUGUUGUUCAGGUACUCAAAGUGAUAUAUUUGUGCAUUUAUUAUUAUUGAACAUGGAAACAAUAAUCGUUUUUAUAUUACCAUUAUUAAAGUGUAAAGUUGUUAAUUGUAUAA